GGAUGGAGAAGAUGAGUAACAAGCGCGCUGCUUAUAUUUUUAUGUGGCACACUCCUCAAACAUACAUGAAUUAUUCCCAACUGGCACCUUGUGAUGUGGAUUUGAAGAAUCAAUUGUUGGUUUACAAGAAAAAGGAGGGGCUGGUAGAUUUAGAAAACUUGGUUAUCUUAGAGCAAUUAAAGGUUUUUGGGUUUGUGGAUACUGCAAACCUUUAUACUAAAGGAAAGAUGAGUAGCGUGCUAGAGAGGUAGCGAGAGCAUGCACAAAGAUCAAGGAGUAGGCGCAGGGAAGCCAGCUCACAAAGGCAAAUGCGGUUUGAUGAACAACUAGCAAAACCGCCUUGCAGCUUGUCUCAUUAGGAGCGAGGUUCCAGCUUAGCAACAAGAGUACGUGUUAAGGAAUGAGCUGAGACAUUGCCUUCGGGGUCUCGAAGGCAUGUGCGUGAAGAUACGAAUGCAGAGGACAAUGUGCCACCCCUUGUUCAGCGGUGAUUUAAAUUUGGGGCUCAACCCGUUGUUGCACGUUCGCCUGAUGUGCCCUCUGCCCCAGCAAGUGGUGGUGUCAAUGUUGGGUCUGCAUAGACACAAGUGUCUAGUCCCAAGAUUGUAUGUCUUGAAAGUUUCAGCUAUACCAAGGCAGAUUGUCAUGUUGCAAUGCUGUAGGGUAUGCACAACUUCAUUUCUCCUGUGGACCAUUAACGAGCCAGGGUUACGUGUAGCUUUUACCCAUGUCGUGGCGCUAUUUGAAUGGAAGCAAAGAGCACGUGGGCAAGCACACGAGCUCACCAAAAACUACAAGCGGUUAACUUCUGAGAAGGCAAGCUUGGAGGAGGAGGUUACUCGUUUGCAGAGUUCUGAGAUGGCAAACAGAGCUACAUCAACAGAGAGUCGAGCUGACGAGCUAAACAACAAGGUGAACGAGUUGAAAGAAGAGUUGGAUAAGGCUCAAAUAGAGAAAGAGAGUAGAAUUCUUACUACAAAGGAAGAGGCAGGACGUGUUGAGGACCUUGCAUGUGGCCAAGAAGCCUUAGACCAAAUGAAGGUAUCUUAUCAACGUUCCAUCAGUAUUGCCCAAGCUCAAGGGACGGAGUGGUUACUCGGUUUAGAUACGUUCCAAGAUGCCAUUGCAAUUAUGUCAAUGAACACCACGACGCAAAUUUAUGAUGACAUUCGGAAGAGCUUGCUCCCUCUUGUUUAUACAACAAUACUCUUCAAAUGGGAGUUAAAUGAGGAUGGAGUGCUCGUCUGGCCUCUAACUAUUCCUGAAGAAGGGGAGGAUCUGGAUUGCCUACCAAGCUUCGAUGCUUGGGUGGCUAUGAUGCCUAUCAUGGAAGCUGAACCUUCGAGCACCCCGCCUCUCUCUCAGCCUGCACCUUCCUCAGCUCGUGACAAUGCAACAAGCUCUAUUCUAGUGGACCUGACAGAUGAUUAAGGGGAUGGAGUUGUUGCUAACUUUUAUAUUUUUGUUAUUUAAGUUAAUUUUUUAUUGUUUCAUUUUUGAACUGAUGUAGUUUGCACUAUUAUUGGAAUGAAACAAAUAUAUUUUAUUGAUAAAUGAUUGUACAUUUC